AUGUGCUUUUUAAGACGGCCGGGAGCGUCUGCGAGCUGGAUCGGGUGGAGGAUGCUGCGGCAGGUCAUUCGCAGAGGGCUCCAGUCGUUCUGCCACAGGCUGGGCUUGUGCGUGAGCCGGCACCCCGUCUUCUUCCUCACCGUGCCUGCAGUCCUGACCAUCAUCUUCGGCUUCAGCGUGCUCAACCGCUUCCAGCCCGAGAGCGACCUGGAGCGGUUGGUCGCUCCCAGCCACAGCUUGGCGAAGAUCGAGCGGAGCCUGGCGGGGAGCCUCUUCCCCCUGGACCAGUCCAAAAGCCAGCUGUAUUCGGACUUGCACACCCCUGGGAGGUAUGGCAGGGUAAUCCUCCUCUCCCCACCCGGACACAAUAUUUUGCUCCAGGCUGAGGGGAUCCUGCAGACCCACCGAGCCGUGCUGGAAAUGAAGGAUGGGAGGAGCACCUUUAUUGGACACCAACUGGGUGGUGUCGAUGUGCCCAACAGCAAAGACCAGAGGGUCAAGUCAGCCAGAGCCAUUCAAAUCACCUACUACCUCCAGACCUAUGGCUCUGCCACCCAAGACCUCAUCGGGGAGAAGUGGGAGAGUGAGUUCUGCAAACUGAUGAGGAAGCUGCAAGAGGAGCACCAAGACUUCCAACUGUUCUCUCUAGCUUCCUUUAGCCUCUGGAAAGACUUUCAUAAGACCAGCAUCCUGGCCAGGAGCAAGAUCCUGGUGAGCCUCAUGCUGAUCUUGACCACAGCCACCCUCUCCAGCUCGAUGAAAGACUGCCUGCGGAGCAAGCCUUUUCUGGGCCUCCUGGGUGUGCUGACAGUUUGCAUCUCCAGCGUAACCGCGGCAGGGAUAUUCUUCAUCACUGAUGGAAAAUACAAUUCCACCCUCCUGGGGAUCCCUUUCUUCGCAAUGGGUCAUGGAACAAAGGGAGUAUUUGAGCUUCUAUCAGGAUGGCGGAGAACCAGAGAGAACCUGCCCUUCAAAGACAGGGUUGCUGAUGCCUAUUCUGAUGUGAUGGUCACCUACACCAUGACCAGCUCCUUGUACUUCAUUACGUUUGGUAUGGGUGCCAGCCCUUUCACCAACAUUGAGGCCGUGAAGGUAUUCUGUCAGAACAUGUGUGUCUCCAUCCUAUUGAACUACUUCUACAUUUUCUCUUUCUUUGGCUCCUGCCUGGUCUUUGCUGGCCAACUAGAGCAGAACCGCUACCACAGCAUCUUCUGCUGCAAAAUUCCUUCUGCGGAAUACCUAGAUCAUAAGCCCGUCUGGUUCCAGACUGUGAUGAGUGAUGGGCAUCAACAAACUUCUCAUCAUGAGACCAAUCCCUACCAGAACCAUUUCAUUCAGCAUUUUCUCCGGGAACAUUACAAUGAGUGGAUCACAAAUAUCUAUGUGAAGCCAUUUGUUGUUAUCCUUUAUCUCAUCUAUGCUUCCUUUUCCUUUAUGGGCUGUUUGCAGAUCAGCGAUGGGGCCAAUAUCAUCAGCCUGCUUGCCAGCGAUUCCCCAAGCGUCUCCUAUGCCAUCCUACAGCAAGAAUACUUCAGCAAUUACAGUCCAGUGAUUGGAUUCUAUGUAUAUGAGCCCCUUGAGUACUGGAACGGCACCGUCCAGGAAGACUUAAGACGACUUUGUAGUGGCUUCACUGCAGUGUCUUGGGUUGAACAAUAUUACCAGUUCCUGAAAGUCAGCAACAUCAGUGCAAGUAACAAGAGUGACUUCAUCAGUGUCCUGCAAAACUCCUUUUUAAAAAAGCCAGAGUUCCAGCACUUCCGAAAUGAUAUCAUUUUCUCCAAGGCAGGAGAUGAAAGCAAUAUCAUUGCUUCUCGCUUGUAUCUGGUGGCCAGGACUAGCAGAGACAAGCAGAAGGAAGUAAUACAAGUACUAGAUAAACUUAGGCCCCUGUCUCUGGCCAAGAGCAUUCGGUUCAUUGUGUUCAAUCCUUCCUUUGUUUUCAUGGAUCACUAUGGCUUGUCUGUCACCAUGCCUGUCCUGAUUGCUGGCUUUGGAGUCCUACUGAUGUUAAUUUUAACUUUCUUCUUAGUGAUCCACCCUCUGGGAAACUUCUGGCUAAUUCUCAGCGUCACUUCAAUAGAGCUGGGCGUUCUGGGCUUGAUGACACUGUGGAACGUAGACAUGGAUUGCAUUUCUAUCUUGUGCCUUAUCUACACUUUAAAUUUUUCCAUUGAUCACUGUGCACCCCUGCUUUACACAUUUGUAUUAGCAACUGAGCACACCCGAACUCAGUGUAUCAAAAGCUCCCUACAAGAGCAUGGGACAGCCAUUUUGCAAAAUGUUACUUCUUUUCUUAUUGGGUUGGUCCCCCUCCUGUUUGUGCCUUCGAACUUGACCUUCACACUGUUCAAAUGCUUGCUGCUCACCGGGAGUUGCACGCUUCUGCACUGUUUUGUUAUCUUACCUGUUUUCCUAACUUUCUUCCCCCCCUCCAAAAAGCACCACAAGAAAAAGAAACGUGCUAAACGAAAGGAGAGGGAGGAAAUUGAGUGCAUAGAAAUCCAAGAGAAUCCUGAUCAUGUCACAACUGUCUGA